AAAAAAAGUCUCAUUUUUUGAAGGGAAAAGGAAAGCAGUUGGACUGAGAUACCGGUGGUCCUUUUCCGUUAAUAGCGGCCUCAAGUCCCGUGCCCGGUACUCCGAAGUGACACUGUCUCUGCCCAGACAAUGUAAUUCCAACCGUUCCUCAGCUCAAUACGAAACAUUUUCUUUGUUGUUUUCAGAUUUGUAUUCUCCCUCCCAUUUUAUAUUCUUCAAUCUCCAUCACUUUCCCGUUUUGAAAAAGAGACUUCUCCAAACUUUGAAGGCUGAGUUCGGUUGGUGACGACACUAGAAGAAGAAUACAGGUGACCUCAUGAUCUAUAACCCGUGCCGAUCUGGGGUAAUUCUAAUCUACUCAUUCUUUCUCGGGAAAAUCGUGAUUGAGUUUUUUUGCUUUGAUUCGGCCAAUGGGCACCCUCAGGCCUCAGCUAAUCUUGCUCUACUUGAAACCCAAGUGGAAGCUAUCUCCCCACCUGUGAUUUCUUGAUUUCUCACAGGUUGUUUUACUAAAGAAAUGGAAUCUUGUACGUCUUUAGUAUAUAGAUAUGUUACACAUGUAUAUUUUGGUGGGUGUUUUUUAUUUGGAAGUUUCUUGGUUGAUGCGUGACUACUCCAUUUGAGCACUUAGUUUUUCUUGUUUUGGUUGAAAAUCCCUGUAGAACUUGUCUCCUAUAUGUGAUUCUUGAAUCUGUUGCCUGUAAUCGUACUUUUAGAAUCGAAUAUUUCAAUCUUUGCUCUCUUUUUUCGGAAGGUUUUUGAUAUUUGAGUGUAGAUUUCCUCGUUUGAUUUACUUACUUCAAAGUAGUAUUUCUUGGGGGUAGAGAGAGAUGGCAAUAUCUCGGUUGGGUCGCCAAGCAAAACGCCCAUAUGGGUUCUGCAUAAAGAUGGCUGCAGUGGCCAUCUUGGGUCUCUGCUUCAUCUUUGUGUGGUCUAUGUUUUCUUCUUCCUCCUCUUCUGUAGUCACUCAAAGGGAAAGUUUCGAUGACAUUGCCGAACCCGUGUCAACAAAUGCAAGGACAAGCAGUUCUGGUACUCAGUCCAACAAGAAGGGAGUGCAGAAGCAUGGAUUGAACAAAGAGGAUAAGAAGGAGAAAGUUGAGUCUGAUUUGGGUAGGAAGGAUGAGAAAAAGGUUAAUGGGUCUGCGGCUUUAGUUGUUAAGGAGCACAAGCCUACAAAAAAGGGUGGGAAAGAAAUAGCUAAGGAGAACGAAGGGAAACAUAUAAAGGAAGUUGCUGAAGAGAAUGAUGGGUCAAAGGAUUCUGAGGGUGAAAAUUCACGUAAAGAAAAGGAGGAGCAAGACGAAGAGGAAGUAGUAGAUGGUAAGGAAGAAGGGUUGGAUAUUGAAGGUGAAGAAAAUGGGGAAAAAGAAGGAGACAGCGACUUAGUAGAGCCAGUGGAUCAGGAAUUUGAGGAGAAGUUGGAAGAUGGAAGUGGUGAGUCAAGGAAGAGGGGAAUGGAGAGAAAGAUAAAAGGUCCUUUGUUUGAUCCUAAAUCGCAUUAUACAUGGAAAUUAUGUAGCACAAGGAGCAAGCACAAUUACAUUCCUUGUAUUGAUAUUGAAAGUGGCACGGGAAAGCUGCAGAGCUAUCGGCAUACAGAGAGGAGUUGCCCAAGAACACCUCUGAUGUGUCUUGUUCCUCUAAUCCAUGGUGGUUAUGCGUCGCCAGUGCGCUGGCCUGAGAGCAAAUUGAAGAUACUGUAUAAGAAUGUCGCACAUCCAAAACUUGCUGCAUUUGUUAAGAAACAUAGUUGGAUGGUUGAGUCUGGAGAAUAUCUUACUUUUCCUGAAGACCAGUCUGAGUUCAAGGGUGGAGUUGUUCAUUACCUCGAGUCCAUUGAAGAGAUGGUGCCAGACAUUGAAUGGGGAAAGAAUAUCCGUGUGGUGCUGGACAUUGGAUGUACAGAUUCAAGCCUUUCGGCUUCUCUUCUUGAUAAGGAGGUACUAACAUUGUCACUAGGCUUGAAGGAUGACCUGGUGGACCUAGCCCAGGUUGCCCUUGAGCGUGGUUUUCCUGCAGUAGUUAGCCCUUUAGGAACUAGAAGGCUUCCUUUUCCUAGUGAUGUAUUCGAUGCUAUUCAUUGUGGUGGGUGUGGCUUGUCUUGGCAUUCCAAUGGGGGUAAGCUUCUUUUAGAGAUGAAUCGGAUUUUAAGGCCCAGUGGAUACUUUAUUUUGUCAACUAAACAUGAGAACAUUGAAGAAGAAGAAGCCAUGUCCAGAUUAACAGCAUCUAUCUGUUGGAAUAUUCUGGCUCAUAAAACUGAUGAAGUCAGUGACGUUGGUGUUAAAAUAUAUCAGAAGCCUGAAUCGAAUGAUAUUUAUGAAUUGAGAAGGAAGAAAAAUCCACCUUUAUGCAAGGAAAAUGAAAAUCCAGAUGCAGCCUGGUAUACUCAUAUAAGGACAUGCCUGCACAGCAUUCCAUCUGCAAUUGAACAACAUGGGACAGAGUGGCCUGAGGAAUGGCCCAAGAGGCUCGAAACUUCUCCAGACUGGAUGAAUGAUAAAGAAAAAUUGAUUGCAGACACCAACCACUGGAAAGCUAUAGUUGACAAGUCCUAUCUUACUGGAAUUGGUAUUGACUGGUCAAAUAUACGGAACGUGAUGGACAUGAAAGCCAUCUAUGGAGGAUUUGCAGCAGCUCUUUCUCAACAGAAGGUUUGGGUGAUGAGUGUGGUCCCCGUCCAUGCACCAGACACUCUUCCUUUCAUUUAUGAACGUGGGCUUGUGGGCAUCUACCAUGAUUGGUGUGAGUCUUUUGGUACUUACCCAAGAUCGUAUGAUCUUUUGCAUGCUGAUCAUCUCUUCUCACGGCUCAAGAACAGGUGUAAGCAGCCGGUAUCGAUCGUGGUCGAGAUGGAUCGUAUUCUACGGCCUGGAGGUUGGGCUAUUAUACGUGAUAAGGUUGAGAUAUUGGAUCCAUUGGAGGGCAUAUUGAGAAGUCUACACUGGGAAAUCCGAAUGACUUAUGCUCAGGAUAAGGAGGGUAUCAUAUGCGCAAAAAAGACCAUGUGGAGAAGGACAAGGCCGGAGAAAGAAAUCUCCACCAUGUCCUUUUCCUCCGUACCCGCUCGACUCACCCUUCUCGCCCUCCUCUCAGCCUCCACAUUCUAUUGCUUCUACAAGUCUCGCCGCCUCAGACACCUCAAGCUCUCCCUAAACCCUAACCCUAAUCCCUCUAUUUCCAAACCCAAGCUCUUCUUCGUUUCCCAAACAGGUACCUCCAGAGCCCUAGCUGACCGUCUCUUCGAUCUUUUAGCGUCGAACGAUCUCCCAUUCGACCUGGUCGAUCUCAAAGACUACGAGCCCGAGGACCUACCGAAAGAAACCCUAGUUUUGAUUAUCGCCUCGACCUGGGAAGAUGGCAAGCCCCCGCAGAACGCUAAGUUUUUCUCGAAUUGGCUUUCCGAGAGCGCCGAGGACUUCCGGGUGGGGUCUCUUUUGCUUUCGCGGUGUAAAUUCGCGGUUUUCGGCGUCGGAAGCCAAGCUUACGGCGCGGCAUUCAAUGCGGUCGCGAGGGAUUUCUCGAGGCGACUGAGAGCGUUGGGUGCCAAGGAGUUUUUGCCUGUUUGGGAGGGGGAUGUGGAUAGUGGUGAUAUUGAUGAGGUCUUUGGUGCUUGGAGUGCUAAGGUGGUUGGGGUUUUGAAGGGUGGCGUGGUAGAAAAUGGUGGGGCUUUGUGUUCAGAGGUUGGUGGUGAGAGUGAUGCUGAGAGUGUUGGUGUAUCGGAUGAGGAUGAGGGUAGCGAAGACGGAGGCACGGGAUCAGAGAUUGUCGAUGUUGAGGAUAUUGCAGGGAAAGUGCCAUCGAGGAAGACGCGCUACUUCCCUUCCAUUCCACAAGCAGACGAUCUAGCAAUUUUCCCUAGAAGGACAAGGCCGGAGAAAGAAAUCUCCACCAUGUCCUUUUCCUCCGUACCCGCUCGACUCACCCUUCUCGCCCUCCUCUCAGCCUCCACAUUCUAUUGCUUCUACAAGUCUCGCCGCCUCAGACACCUCAAGCUCUCCCUAAACCCUAACCCUAAUCCCUCUAUUUCCAAACCCAAGCUCUUCUUCGUUUCCCAAACAGGUACCUCCAGAGCCCUAGCUGACCGUCUCUUCGAUCUUUUAGCGUCGAACGAUCUCCCAUUCGACCUGGUCGAUCUCAAAGACUACGAGCCCGAGGACCUACCGAAAGAAACCCUAGUUUUGAUUAUCGCCUCGACCUGGGAAGAUGGCAAGCCCCCGCAGAACGCUAAGUUUUUCUCGAAUUGGCUUUCCGAGAGCGCCGAGGACUUCCGGGUGGGGUCUCUUUUGCUUUCGCGGUGUAAAUUCGCGGUUUUCGGCGUCGGAAGCCAAGCUUACGGCGCGGCAUUCAAUGCGGUCGCGAGGGAUUUCUCGAGGCGACUGAGAGCGUUGGGUGCCAAGGAGUUUUUGCCUGUUUGGGAGGGGGAUGUGGAUAGUGGUGAUAUUGAUGAGGUCUUUGGUGCUUGGAGUGCUAAGGUGGUUGGGGUUUUGAAGGGUGGCGUGGUAGAAAAUGGUGGGGCUUUGUGUUCAGAGGUUGGUGGUGAGAGUGAUGCUGAGAGUGUUGGUGUAUCGGAUGAGGAUGAGGGUAGCGAAGACGGAGGCACGGGAUCAGAGAUUGUCGAUGUUGAGGAUAUUGCAGGGAAAGUGCCAUCGAGGAAGACGGUCACAGUGGCUGAAACUAAUGGGAGACUGAAUGGGAAAAAAGAGAUGGUGACUCCGGUAAUUAGAGCUAGCUUAGAGAAGCAGGGAUAUAAAAUUAUUGGUUCGCAUAGUGGUGUGAAAAUUUGUAGAUGGACCAAGUCACAGCUUAGAGGCCGGGGAGGUUGCUACAAGCACUCAUUUUAUGGAAUUGAGAGUCAUAGGUGCAUGGAGGCAACCCCUAGUUUGGCAUGUGCCAAUAAAUGCGUUUUCUGUUGGAGACAUCACACAAAUCCUGUUGGAAAGAGUUGGCAGUGGAAGAUGGAUGAUCCAUUACAGAUUGUGAAUUCUGCCAUAGAUCUGCAUACAAAUAUGAUUAAGCAAAUGAAAGGAGUUCCGGGCGUUACACUUGAGCGAUUAAUGGAAGGUCUCUCACCCAAGCAUUGUGCUUUGUCCCUUGUUGGUGAACCCAUUAUGUACCCAGAGAUCAAUACACUUGUGGAUGAGUUGCACCGCCGACGGAUUUCUACUUUUCUUGUAACAAAUGCACAGUUUCCUGAAAAGAUUAAAACACUAAAGCCUGUCACCCAGUUAUAUGUGAGUGUGGAUGCUGCAACAAAGGAGAGCUUGAAGGCAAUUGACAGGCCACUCUUUGGGGAUUUUUGGGAGCGAUUCAUUGAUUCUUUAAAAGCUCUCAGGGAGAAACAGCAACGAACUGUCUACCGCUUAACUCUGGUGAAAGGCUGGAAUACAGAGGAAAUAGAUGCUUAUUCUAAUCUCUUUAGUCUUGGAAAACCUGAUUUUGUUGAAAUCAAAGGCGUUACAUAUUGUGGAUCGUCUGCUACAUCAAAAUUGACAAUGGAAAAUGUGCCCUGGCAUGCUGAUGUGAAAGCUUUUUCUGAGGCCUUAGCUCUAAGAAGCCAAGGGGAAUAUGAGGUUGCAUGUGAACAUGUCCACUCCUGCUGUGUCCUCCUGGCAAACACUGAGAAGUUUAAGGUCAAUGGCAAGUGGUUUACAUGGAUAGACUAUGAAAAGUUCCAUGACUUGGUGGCUUCUGAAAAACCUUUUAACAGCAUGGAUUACAUGGCUGCCUCACCAUCCUGGGCUGUCUAUGGAGCAGAGGAAGGUGGAUUUGAUCCGGGUCAGUCUCGGUAUAGGAAGGAGCGACAUCACAAAUCAAGCCGCUGAAUGAUCAGUUCCUCUCGAGUGUUAAUGAUUGGCUUGAUAGUUUUGCUCUAAGAAAACUGGUUGAUCCGAGAAAAUUACUUCUGAAGGGUAUUUGUCCUUCGUGGACAUGGUUGAUAAAUUGCAUAACUUCUACAGUAGGGCCAGGGGCCAUUACUACCAAAGUCAACAAAGUGGACCCCUUUGCUGCGCAUCGCUCUUUCGACCAGUUUUCUGUUUGCGGGUUGCAGCUUCUUAAGAGGUUAGAAUGCUGAAACCAGAUAUUGGCUGUUAUUAUCCUAGUCUUGCAGUACAGAUGAGUUUGUAACCUUCUACCGCUCAUCAACUUUUUGUGGCCAUUCAAUAAUUUAUUUACUUAUGAUUUUACAACAGAAACAUAGAUUUAAUACCUCAAGGAAAUAGGUCCAUAACAGACAACGAGCAUGAUGUGCCCUUUCUUGGACUCCACCUCUGUAGUUUAUUCAGCAUCUAUCUUAAUUU